GUGGGGAAAGAAGCACAGCUCUGCAUACGACCCGCCAGCACCAACAAGGAGGAGAAGACGCGGAGGCAUCAGCCGUACCAACCACCCAGCAUGGCGAAAGUCGCCGUGUCUCUUUUACUCCCUUGGCUCAUAUGUGGUCUUUGCUGUGCUGUCAGUGGAAAAGUCAACAAGCACAAACCGUGGAUAGAAGCUUCUUACCACGGCGUGAUCACGGAAAACAUGGGUACUGUGCUUCUGGACCCUCCGCUUGUUGCUCUUGACAAGGAUGCACCAAUUCCCUACGCAGGGGAAAUUUGUGCCUUUAAGAUUUAUGGCCAGGACAUUCCUUUCGAGGCAGAGGUGUUGAAUCGCACCUCAGGAGAAGGCGUACUGAGAGCCAGUGGCCCUGUGGACUGCGAGAGCCAGAAGGAAUACACAUUCAUUAUCCAAGCCUAUGACUGCGGAGCUGGACCCGGUGGGGCCGACUGGAAGAAAUCCCACAAGGCCGUGGUGCACGUCCAGGUGGAUGACGUCAAUGAGUUUUGCCCCGUGUUUCGGGAGCCUCUGUACAAAGCGGCAGUAACCGAAGGCAAGAUCUACGACAGCAUUUUGCAGGUGGAGGCUUGGGACCAGGACUGUUCUCCACAGUACAGUCAGAUCUGCAACUAUGAAAUUGUCACUCCAGGCACGCCAUUUGCCAUCGACCGCAAUGGUAAUAUCAGAAACACGGAGCGACUGAGCUAUGACAAGGAGCAGAGCUACAAGAUUAUGGUGACAGCCUUUGACUGCGGUCAGAAGACGGCAAAGGAGGAUGUGGCCGUGCAUAUUGAUGUCAAGCCUGUCUGCAAAGCUGGGUGGCAAGGCUGGAACAAACGUGUGGACUAUGAGCCGGGCACUGGCAGCAAGGGUCUCUUUCCCAAGUUGCACUUGGAAACAUGCGGAGAACCCUUGUCUGGGAUAAAAGUCACGGUGGAGCUUCAGACAAGUCACAUCGGGAAGGGCUGCGAUCGAGAAACGUACUCUGAGAAGUCUCUGCAAAAACUCUGCGGCGCAGCGUCGGGCAGUACAGAUCUUCUCCCCGCCCCGAGCCCAUCCACCAACUGGACCGCAUCUCUCGUGAGCGACAGUGGCCGUGACAGCGACCUCAUCUACAGAUUUGACGGACAGCAGGCAGCCAACGUUCCCGAUCACGUGGUGCCCCAAAACCUGACGGAUCAGUUCACCGUUGCGACAUGGAUGAAACACGGCCCCAGUCCGGGACUCAGAGCUGAGAAGGAAACUUUGCUGUGCAACUCUGAUAAAACUGAAAUGAACCGCCAUCAUUAUUCUCUAUAUAUUCACAACUGCCGGCUGGUCUUCCUGCUUAGAAGAGAUUUCAGCCAACUUGAUACUUUCAGACCUGCUGAAUUCCACUGGAAGCUGGAGCAGAUCUGUGACAAAGAGUGGCACUAUUACGUGAUCAAUGUGGAAUUUCCUGCUGUGACUCUCUUUGUGGAUGGAGUGACCUAUGAACCCUACCUGGUGACAGAUGACUGGCCAAUCCAUGCCUCACAGAUCGAUACGCAGCUCACAGUGGGCGCCUGCUGGCAAGGUGGCGAGGUAGCGACUCCGAGGUUCACCCAGUAUUUCCGUGGCAGCUUGUCGGGCUUGACGAUCCGCCCGGGCCGCAUUGAAACCCAGAAGGUUAUCUCCUGCUUGCAGGCCUGCAAAGAAGGUCUCGAUAUUAACUCCCUUGAAAGCCUAGCGAAGGACAUCAAGUUCCAUUUCAACCCUGCACAGUCAAUGCUGGUAGUGGAAGGAGAGGAUCUGGACAGCAUCAACACAGCCAUGACCAAGGUGUCCUACAUCAACUCUCGGCAAUUUCCAACACCGGGCCUGCGACGGCUCCACAUCAGCACCACUGUACUGUGUUUCGGGGAGGACGCGUGUCUCUCCAUCCCAGACGUCAAGGCGGUGGUCAUGGUGCAGCCGCCCAGUGAACCGAGAAUCACCAUCACGGGAUCCGGUCGACUCGUCAGACCCGCCGGUGACCUUCGCGGUCCGCUGGGCGUGGCUCCUUUCAAGGAGCUCUACAUCACCAGCACAGUAAUGAAGGGAGACGGCCUCAGUGGAUCCCGCAGGCCAGGUGUGAUGGAGGUGAUGCAUAACUUGGACUACUGUGAUAUCCUGGUGAUUGGGGACGAGCUGAAUCCUGAAAGAGAGAGCCUCCAUAUUCAUCACGGCGCUCUGCUGGGAAAACACCUCGACGCCACCAACUCCACCUCGGGAAUAUCAAUAUAUGGGGUGGACUCCAUGGCCCACUACGAGCAGGCAGUGCGUCAGGUGCGCUACAGGAACUGGCGACCUGCCACCCUGACUGAAAGAAGGUUCCGACUCACCUGCUCGGAGCUUAACGGCCGUUACACCAGCAAUGAAUUCAUCCUGGAGAUCAGUGUUCUUCACCACGUCAAGCCGGUGGAGCAUGUCAAUCACAUGCCCGCUCAGCCGCAGUACAUGAGAGCCGUUCAUCACCCACUCAUGAUACAUGCUCCUAAUUCCCACAUGUCAGGACCAGCACCUCCAGCAGCCACAGUUGUUAUUGUGGUGUGCAUCGCCGCUCUGGUGGUCAUUGUGGUAAUUGGCGUGUACAGAAUCCACGCUACUCAUCAGGAGAGCUACCGAGAGGAAGAGGAUGGAGCCAAAGAACCUGAGCUGGACUGGGACAAGUCUGCACUCAACAUCACUGUAAACCCUAUGGAGAAUGUGAGAGGAGCUCAUGCCCUCAGUGAAGAAGCCAGCCAAGAGCUGUGUAGGGGGGAAGAAGAAGAGGAUGAAGAACAUGUGGGAGGAAUGGCAAAUGUGGAGUCGGAUAACAGCGAUGACGACGACGAGGAGGAAGAGGACGACGAGGAGGACGAAGAAGAUGAGGGGGCGAUGCAAAUGGAAAAGAAGAGGAAGCUCAAGUGGCACAAUUCCUCCCUAACAUAUUGACCGCGCACACAAGCAAAUAUAUGUCUGCACAUGUACUGGACACACAGCGCUCGCUCUCCUUUCUCUGUCUUGCAAACACACACGCCCGCAGACCCAAGCCCUUGCUGUUAUUUCCAAUCAAACAUCUCCCCCUGCUGGACAAUAUUUUAACUGCAGUCUAAAUGGUAUUCAUGAUGAUGUUGUCGGGCAUUGGCAAGGCCAAUUUAAUAUUAUUAUAAGGCACUGUAAAAUGAAGCCCGAUUUAAAUAUUACCACUGCGCUCGGAUUUAAAGAAAUGAUUCUAUUCAAAUCAAAGUGAAAGAAAAAGGAACUGCACUUGGGCAGUGAUUGUUUGGCAUUUCAUUAAGUUAUGAAUAUGGCUAACUUAUUGUGAGUAGUGACUUUGAAAUGAAAUGCAUUUUUUCCAGAUUACUUUUGUAGCACUGAUUGUUUUUUUUAAGAUUGCGAUUGGACUUGUGUUUGUAUGUCAAAUGAGUUUAUUUACUAUUGCGCACAUCUUGUUUGAGUUGAUCUUGACACCGCUUUAUUCCCCUUCAACGUGACACAAGAGAUGAGAAGUAGUUCAACUUUGGCUUUUGCUGUGUCCUUGUUUUCAUCUUCAGGUUUUGUGCCCUUAGCUCAGAAACAUCACAUUGCAUGACUACUAUCAAAGAGAAACGUACUUGCCAUCAGAAAAAUGUCUGAAGGUCAAAAGGUCAGACACUCUGUUUCCGAAUGUAGUCUGCUCUUGUUAGCUGAAGACAGAGGUCACCGAUGUAUCUGAUCAUCUUCACUUUGAAUUCCACUCCAGUGCCUCCAAGAAAACUCGAAAAAACGAGUUUUAAACUUAGUGCUGUUUUAACUCCCUGCAAAAUAUCAACAAGACUUGUCAUCACGAAAGAAUUUGUCACUAAGCUACUCCUUGAAUAACCAUCGACCACUUGAAUAACUUCAUAAUACAUGACCAUACCCCUCAUUCUCCUUGUUAACGCUGGUUGUGACGUCAUCAUUGUGAGCCAUUCGUCAUGUCGUGCAAAGCAACUCAUUUACAUACAUUAAGCGAACCUUGUAAAGGAAGUUAUGAGCAGUUCUUUUGUAUAUAUUGUUUUCUUAUUUUAAACAAAUGUUCGAUAUUUCUCCCUUUGUAGUGGUCAUCCCACUGCUUUCUGUAUAUUGACCAAUAAAGACUUUAGAAUCUA